UGGAUGGCUCUCUCUUAUAGGCAACGUGGGUUUGAGUCUCAGCUGAAUGAUAAGUCGGUACUGACUUUUGCACACAUACGUCCUUUAUACUGGUGAUUCGUAAAAGCCAUUCCACCAUAAGAUUGUACGUCACUGUCAGGAGAGAUAUUGAGGAGAGUACUUAUAUAUCACAGAUCAGACUUUGUGGCCGGAUCCUUUUUAUAGCAGCUUCUUGGUUACUAUUAUUUAUUGUUUCAAUAGUGAAACAUGAUAUCUCUUGUUAAAGAGGAAGACAAGGUUCUUGUGGUAUUUGGAGAUGAAAUAUGCAUUGAUGAUACUGUGGAUUUUGUUGCUGCCAUUGGAAAACAUAUCGGAGAUCUUGGCAAAUUACUAACUACGACUUUGUCGAAUCUGAAAAAAAAAAAUUACAGUGCCUCUACUCUUAAUGUCGCUGUUGCUAUUUUGAAACAACCAUGCGCAAAUGAUGAAUUUCUUGCGGAGACUUUAAGGAUUUUGAAACCUGAUGGUUUCUUCGUCAUCUAUGAACCACUAAAAAUAACUAAACAGACAGAUGCAAUACUUACAUAUCCUGAAAGAAUAUCUAGACUAAAGCUUUCUGGUUUUAAAGUAAAAGAUACAGAACGGGAGAGCUUAGAUGCAGAUAUAGAAAAUAAGGAUCUCUUGAAGAAAGUAUAUAAUAACAUAGAAGAUAUCUGCAAAGUUAUAGCGAAUAAACCUCCAUUCGAGGUAGGUUCUAGCGUUCCACUAAAUUUUGCUAAGGGAAAUACUUCAUCUGCAAAAAAGGAGAAUGCUGUAUGGACAUUGGAUAAUCUUGUAGAUGAAGAUUUGAUAGAUGAGGAUGAACUUUUAGAUGAGGCAGAUUUAAUAAAGCCGGAUGCAUCAUCAUUAAAAGUCUGUAGCACAACUGGCAAACGAAAGGCAUGCAAGAACUGUUCAUGCGGACUUGCGGAAGAAUUAAGUGGUAAAGCAUCACAGGAAACCACUGUUAAAUCCUCUUGUGGAAAUUGUUACCUUGGAGAUGCGUUCAGAUGCGCCAGUUGUCCUUAUCUUGGGAUGCCUGCCUUUAAACCUGGCGAGAAAGUAAUUUUGCCGGAGACACAGUUAAGCGUUGAUUCUUGAACAGUGCUCUUUUUCCGAUGAUGAAUUUAUCGAUUAUAGAUAUUUAUCGUUUAUAGAUUACAUUAUGAUUCGCACAAUAGUAAAUUGCAUUUUGAUUUGUAUGAAUGACAGUAAAUUGCAAUUAUAUUUUUAUUUACACAAGUAACGAUUACUCGCGGUUUUCAGUACGUGAUAUAUAUCGUUUUAUUAAUUUCACUUUAAAAGUACUUUCCUCUAGUAUGUAAGACGAUAUAGUAAUUAUUGUCCUUUAAAUAAAUGGUACUUAAUUUAUUG